AGCUCUCAGAGCAAAAGGAGUCGCACACUGACUCUCUCUCUCCCCCUCUCCCUCCUCCUCCUCCUCCUCUUCUUCCUGCAGGCUUUGCUUUCUUUUGCUCCUGAAACAUUUAGGUGUCUUUUUGUUCCUGCAUUUACUUGCAGUUAUGUCGGAAAGUUUACAAUCAGAUGAGACAUUUUUUUUCUAAAGAUAGAAAAAAAGAGAUUAUUCUUAAUUGGGCAGAAACUUUCUAGUGAACAGCAGAGCAACGGGGGGAAAAGAGAUUCAGACUUUUAAAGUCUCAGUUCCUGACUGCCUGCCUUUUCCCCUUUCCCUUAAAGGGCUAGUACAGCUACAUUUCUACAUCCCAUGAAAGUAUCACAUUGACUGGGAACCUUUGUAUUGAAGGGUUCCACCUUAUCCUAGCAUUAGAAUAUUUGUAGAAAAAGUAUCAUUCCAUUCCUAGAACCUGACUUUAGAUGUAACUUUUUCUUGAGUAACUUUAUGACUCCUUUGAUUGAAACUUUUGUAUAAACACUGGUCCUUGAGGACCUCGUUGAUGGUAGAAAGACAAGAACAAAGCGAAUCAUUUAAGAAGAACCUUAAAUUCAGAUGAGCUGUUGAAAGAAUCUCCUGGACGGAUCUCUUAAAAAAAAUUAGAACUUUUUUUUGUGGAUCCUUUCUUGUGGAGCAGUAGCUGUAGUAUCCCUACCCUGGACUCGUGAUGGCUUUUUUGUCCCUUUGGUUUGUAGUAGCAGUGGCACACAUAGGAUGCAAGACUUCGGCUGAACAAGCUGGCAAUGAAGGACUGAAACAAUUAGAUUUGACUAAAAAAAAGCUAGGAGAUUAUGAACUUAUAAAGCCGAUACGUACUGACUCAGAGGGGCACCAUGUUUCCAAUAUUCUUACUGUUAACCACAAGAGAAGGCUGGUAAGGGAUACACCACUGAAUAACCAGCCUUUAUAUUUCAACAUCACCGCCUUUGGGAGAGAGUUUCAUCUGAAACUGAAGCCUAAUAAUCGUCUUAUAGCCCCAGGAGCAGUUGUGGAGUGGCAUGAAGAUCCAGAACUAGAAAACAGAACCAAUAGUGAAAACGAUAACCCUGAUGUAAAAACACCUAGCAGAAUAUGGAAAACAGAACCGUUGCGGACUAACUGUGCAUAUGUUGGAGAAAUAACUGAUAUCCCAGGAGCUUCUGUUGCACUUAGCAACUGUGACGGUCUGGCUGGAAUGAUCCGAACAAAAGAAGAUGAAUAUUUCAUUGAACCACUGGAAAGAGGCAAGCAAAAUGAGGAAGAACAAGGGAGAGUACAUAAAAUAUAUAAAAGAUCAGCUGCAAAGCAAGCUGUCCCUGAUGAUUUCACCAGCAGACCAGUGGCAGAUUUCUCAGGCCUUGAGAAUUUAGACAGCAUAUAUGCCAACGUUGAAAAGCAAGUCAAUGAAACCAUUAGACAACGCAGACAUGCAGGAGAGAAUGAUUACAACAUUGAAGUACUUCUUGGAGUUGAUGACUCUGUUGUCAGGUUUCAUGGAAAAGAACAUGUUCAGAACUACCUCCUCACGCUGAUGAACAUUGUAAAUGAAAUCUACCAUGAUGACUCCAUUGGUGUUCAUAUUAAUGUGGUUCUAGUACGCAUGAUAAUGUUGGGUUAUGCAAAAUCUAUAAGCUUGAUUGAGCGAGGUAACCCUUCUAGAAGUUUAGACAAUGUGUGUCGCUGGGCAUAUCAACAGCAAAGGUCGGACCCCAAUCACUCUGAGCACCAUGAUCAUGCCAUUUUUUUGACCAGACAAGAUUUUGGCCCAGCUGGAAUGCAAGGAUAUGCGCCAGUAACAGGCAUGUGCCACCCUGUAAGAAGUUGCACUUUGAACCACGAAGAUGGCUUUUCGUCUGCUUUUGUGGUUGCCCAUGAAACAGGUCAUGUCCUAGGUAUGGAGCACGAUGGCCAGGGAAAUAGGUGUGGAGACGAAACAGCGAUGGGCAGUGUGAUGGCACCAUUGGUACAGGCAGCUUUCCAUCGUUACCACUGGUCUAGGUGCAGCGGUCAAGAGCUUAAAAGAUACAUACAUUCUUAUGACUGUCUUCUGGAUGACCCAUUUGAACAUAACUGGCCUAAACUUCCUGACCUCCCAGGGAUUAACUAUUCCAUGGAUGAACAAUGCCGUUUUGAUUUUGGCGUAGGCUACAAAAUGUGCACUGCAUUCCGUUCCUUUGACCCAUGCAAACAGUUGUGGUGCAGUCAUCCUGAUAACCCAUACUUCUGUAAGACCAAAAAAGGUCCUCCACUUGACGGAACAGAAUGUGCUCCUGGAAAAUGGUGCUACAAGGGUCAUUGCAUGUGGAAAACUACAAACCAAGUUAAACAAGAUGGCAACUGGGGGACAUGGACAAAAUUUGGCUCUUGCUCAAGAACUUGUGGUAUAGGUGUGCGUUUUAGGACACGUCAGUGCAACAAUCCAAUGCCAGUCAAUGGUGGCCAAGACUGUCCUGGAUUAAAUUAUGAAUAUCAGCUAUGCAACACAGAAGAAUGUCCCAAGCAGUAUGAUGAUUUCCGAGCACAGCAGUGUCAGCAGCGUAACUCACAGUUUGAGUAUCAAAACGCAAAACACCACUGGCUUCCGUACGAGCAUCCAGAUGCUAAUAAAAGAUGCCAGCUCUUUUGUCAGUCCAAACAAACAGGAGAAAUUGUAUCAAUGAAGCAGCUUGCUCAUGACGGGACCCGCUGCUCUUACAAAGACCCAUACAGCAUAUGUGUGAGAGGCGAAUGUGUUAAAGUUGGCUGUGACAAGGAGAUUGGUUCCAACAAAGUGGAUGAUAAAUGUGGUGUGUGCGGUGGGGAUAAUUCCCAUUGUCGUACUGUUAAGGGAACUUUUACCAGGACACCCAAAAAAACAGGUUACUUAAAGAUGUUUGACAUCCCCCCUGGUGCUAGACAUGUGUUUAUCCAAGAAGACGAGGCUUCUCCUCACAUUCUUGCCAUCAAGAACCAGGCUACUGGGCACUACAUACUGAAUGGCAAGGGUGACGAAGCCAAGUCACGGUCUUUCAUUGACCUUGGUGUAGAAUGGGAAUAUAUUCUUGAAGAUGACAUUGAAACUAUACACACCGAUGGACCUUUGCAUGAUGCAGUCGUAGUACUGGUAAUACCUCAAGAGAAUGACACUAAAUCAAGUAUAACAUACAAGUACAUUAUUCAUGAAGACUCUGUGCCUACAAUAAGCAAUAACAAUGUACUUCAAGAUGAAGCAGACACUUUUGAGUGGGCCUUGAAGAGUUGGUCUCAGUGCUCGAAAGCAUGUGGCGGAGGCUUUCAGUACACAAAAUACGGAUGUCGCAGGAAAAGCGAUAAUAAGAUGGUUCACCGGAGCUUCUGUGAAGCAAAUAAGAAGCCCAAGCCAAUUCGCAGGAUGUGCAAUCUUCAGGAGUGCACACAGCCAGUUUGGGUAGCAGAUGAGUGGGAACACUGCACAAAAAGCUGUGGAGGUUCAGGUUAUCAGAUUCGAGCCGUGCGUUGCAUACAACCCCUUCACGAUGGUACAAAUCGGUCAGUCCACAGCAAGUACUGCAACGGAGAUCGUCCUGAAAGCAGAAGACCAUGUAAUAGGACGCCUUGCCCAGCACAAUGGAAAACAGGACCUUGGUCAGAGUGUUCCGUGUCCUGUGGGGAAGGAAUUGAAGUGAGACAAGUCCUUUGCCGUGCUGGAGACCAAUGCGAAGGAGAGAAACCAGAGUCAGUAAGGGAUUGUAAUCUGACUCCAUGCAAUGAUGAACCAUGUCUUGGAGACAAAUCUAUAUUCUGCCAAAUGGAGGUACUUGCACGAUAUUGUUCCAUACCGGGGUACAACAAAUUGUGCUGUGAAUCCUGUAGCAAGCGCAGUACCCAGACACCUCCUUUUCUUACUGAAGCUGCUGAAACAGAAGAUGAACUAAUUUUUAACCCCAGUGAUUUAUCCAAGGCCGUUGUGAUGCCAACAGCUUCGGUACAAGGCCCUGAAAUAGCUGUCACUGAGAAAAAAAGUAUUUUGGAUAUUCUCUCCUCCAUUGAAAAUGAUGGCAGUCUGCAUCUUCUUCCAGAAAAUAAAUCAAAAACAUCUGAUACAGCCCAAAGAAGAUCACAACUAGCAGCAAGCAAGAUCACUAGGCACGUCACUAUGGUACCGCACCCCCCAACUCAAAGUAGUAGUAUCCAUUUACACAAACCUUCUUUUGUUGUAGACAUACAUGCUGUGGCAGCUGUUAACACUAACUCAACAGGUGCCUCUUCUGUAGUUAGAACCUCAAGGAAAAUUGACAAGUCCUCCGACAGAAGACGUCCUUUGCAGUCAUCAGCUAUAGAAAGAUGAGUAUUAAGUGAUUAAGAACUAAAAUCCAAAGGUCCAAGGACACCAUAGUUUAUUCUGCUUUUGGAAAAGCACAUAUUGUCAGCUCGUUUCAUCUGUAUAUAACAGGAAGUACAAAGUGCUGGUUCACUUACUGGUUUAAUUAUCCAUCCAUACCAUUGUUUGUUUUGUUUUUCUGGUUAGAUUAUUGUUGAGGAAGUGCACCAAAGAAACCAAAAAAUGCUGUUGUCAAGUUCAUUGAAGAAAUACGGAACCAUAUUUGUACAUCAAGUGAUAAUGUCCCUGUAGGAGCAUAUUGUAAUGUUUACACCUUAAUAGAAGGCUUGCUGAGAUAUAGUAGUUUGCAAUACAUGUCCUAUGACUGAGCUAUACUAGGGGACAAAUACAAGAAA